AUGCGAGUGAUUACUUACACUAACACAGUCCAGCCGUAUCCUGAUCAUCCAGACAGAUUUGAUGGUUUUUAUUCUCAGGUGUUGUGUAGUGAGAGUUUGAGUGGACGCUGUUACUGGGAGAUUGAGUGGAGUGGUGAGGUUGAUAUAUCAGUGUCAUAUAAGAGCAUCAGCAGGAAGGGAGGUGAUGAGUGUUUGUUUGGAUAUAAUGAUCAGUCCUGGAGUUUGUGCUGCUCUGGCUCCAGUUGUUCAUUCAGGCACAAUAACAUUGAGACUAAACUCCCUGUAGUGUUCAGAUCUUCUAGAAUAGGAGUUUAUGUGGAUCACAGUGCAGGAUCUCUGUCCUUCUACAGCGUCUCUGACACAAUGACCCUCAUCCACAGAGUCAACACCACAUUCACUAAACCUCUCUAUCCUGGGUUUUGGGUUUAUCCUGGAUCAGUGAAACUGUGUGAUCUAACAAUAUAGAUGAUACAGAGAGUCUACAAAUAAUUUUGUCAUAUUAAAAGUCUGAACAUGAUGAAUCAACAACAAAGAAAUAAUAAAUCUUUCAUUUACUAAUUAGCAAUUUUAAAUAACUGAUUGUAAUGUUAUAUUUUAAUAAUUGUAUUUUGUCCUGUCAAACAGAGGUAGCUGUACAGUAGUUAUUCACAGUUAAUAUUAUUCAUCUACAGCCGUGUAUUCUUUUAUGUGUACAAACCACUAUAAAUAAAAUGUUAUACAAG